AUGGAUUGGCCUACGACAAUCGUCUCAAGAAGAAUCUGUAAUCUUUUGAUUUUCUUCGUCAAAUUAAAUCACAAAAACUCUUCUUUCGAUUCGGAUAACCAACAAGAAACCAUCAGAGUACAACAGCCGGCGAUGAAACCCGGCGGCGGCAAAGAGCAGCAGAGACGAAGAAACCGAGCCUUAUCUUCUUCUCCACCAAAGACCCGACCCGGUGUCUCGUCCGGGUCACCCAACCGGAUUUCCGGCGAAUCCCGCGGUGGAAAGCUUAAAACUUCGGCCACUUUACUCGACCGAGAGGAGACGGGUCUUUUUUCCGGGCCGGGUUAUGAUGACCCGAAUCCGGAGCCGAGGAGCUUCCCUUACAGCGUGAAGCAGCAAUGCUGGGAAAAGGCGGAGAAGAUUAAAGGGAGAGAUCCUGAGCGUUGGCGGAGAGAUCACUUAGGGAACAUUGUGUUUAGGAAGCUCGUAGGUUGUCCUGGAUGCUUGUGCCAUGAUUAUGACCACAUCGUUCCUUACUCCAAGGUCCUGUCUUUUUUCUUCUGGGUCGGUUACUACUCUCACUCUAGUCAUUUAGAGUUUAGGAUUGAGCUCAAACUUCAUGAAACGUAUACAGGUGAUUUUGGUAUAGGAACUUGA